AUGGAACAACUCCCCGUGAGCGGCAAAGAGGAGCUGAACAAAAACGCGCAAAUCCAAUUCAACAACAUUAACAGGAUUAUCUUGAAUAUACUGUGCGCGGAAGGAUUAAGGAAAAUAAAAUUCAUUCUACAUGUACUGAGGGAGUUGUUGCAAAAAAAAAAAAACAUUUUGCAUGUGUACAUCACUAACGACAUUGACCACCUGUCCACGGAGAAGAGCCGGAAGGAAAUCUUCAACACCCUACAGGAAGAAAUCGAAUUGUGCGAAAAUGAAAGCGACUACCACGUUGUAAAAAAAAAAAUCGAGGAGUACAUUAACGCCCUCAGUGAGACCAACGAAAUUUUGUGCCAAAACUCUCCCACAGACAGAAACUUAAAGGACAACCGAAACAAAAUAAUCGAAGAUGGCUCUCUCUUGCUGAAUAUAUUCCUUAAUAUGAAGAGGUUAAAUUUUGCCUCCGUCGUGAAGGAGCUCGAUGCCUUCAAGGAGGAGCAGAACCUACUACUGAAUCUAAGGCAGAACGUGUACCACAAGAAGCAAAUAGUGCACAUCCUGAAGGAUCAAAUAAAAGAGCAAAUCGAAACGACAGACAAAAAAAAAAAAGUGAUCCAAGAAAAAAUCCAAAACACAGAAAGGAGGAAAAAAAUAUUUUUCGUAAAGUCGAUGCUAUACUACAUGUACAAGAAGGAGUAUGUCCAGGCGAAUGCCUCCAGUUAUGAAAUGAAGAUGAACUUCAAACACCACUCCACCAAGGAGUGCAAGGAUAUGAUGGAAAGGGAUCUGAAAUCCUAUGCCAAUAUAAACGACUAUAUAAAAGCAUUCCUAAACAAAAGGAACGACAACCUCCAAAACGUGCACGACGAGCUCGUCGAGUAUUACAAAAAGGAGAGAAGAAAAAGGAUGCAGAGAUUGGAGCAAAUAAAAAAUGAAUUUAAAGAAUCGCUUAGGGCAAUCCAGUUGAAACGCGAACAAAUAGAAAAGUACGAACAAGUGAAUAAACAACGGGAAGAAGAAGAAAAGGAAAAAAUGCGCAAAGAGAUUGACGAACGGGAGCAUUUGAAGGAGCAUAACCAGUAUGUACUAUUUUUGCAAGACAUAGCUAGAAGUAAGAUAAAGGAUUACGAAGAGAAGAAACGUAGAAGAUUGAGAAAAAGCGCAUUAAAGAAAAAAAAAAAAUAG